GGCAGCUUGCGAUUCUUUCACUUGCAAAACAAAAACCCCAAUCGCCCCACUCUCCAAACGAAAAACCCUUUCAAUUUCAAAAUCAUAUCAAAAAAAUCAAAUCAUGUACGGUGGAGAUGAAGUAUCUGCAAUAGUAGUGGAUUUAGGUUCACAUACUUGUAAAGCUGGUUAUGCUGGUGAAGAUGCUCCUAAAGCUGUUUUUCCUUCUGUCGUUGGAGCAGUCGAUCAAAUGGAAGUCGAUGAGAAUGAUGACCCAGAAAAGAAUAGUGGUGCUAUUACAGACCCUAAGUCCAAGGGAAAACGCAAAUUGUAUGUAGGAUCUAGUGCAAUGGGAUACCGCCGGGAUCAUAUGGAGGUUUUACCGUCAAUAAAGGAUGGAAUUGUUACUGACUGGGAGAUUGUGGAAAGCAUUUGGGAUCAUGCCUUCAGGGAAUGCCUGCUAGUUGACCCUAAAGAGCACCCAAUGCUACUUGCAGAACCAUCUUCAAACACUCCACAACAAAGAGAAAAGACAGCGGAACUUAUGUUUGAAAAGUACCAAGCUCCUGCAUUAUUUCUAGCCAAAAAUGCUGUUCUCACAUCUUUUGCAUCAGGACGUGCUACCUCAUUGGUGGUUGACUGUGGUGGAGGAUCAACUAUUGUUGCCCCUGUUCAUGAUGGCUAUGUUUUACAGAAGGCUGUCUCAGCGUCUCCAAUUGGAGGAGAAUUUCUCACAGAUUGCUUAAUUAAAAGCUUGGAAAGCAAAGGAGUUAAAAUAAGGCCUCGAUACUCUUUUAAACGGAAGGAAAUUCGACCUGGAGAGUUUCAGACUGUAGAUGUUGAUUUUCCGAACACAACUGAAAGUUACCGGCAGUACUGCCAGAGGGUUAUUGCCAGCGAUAUAAAGGAAUAUGUGUGCCGUGCCCCUGACACUCCAUACGAUGAUACAUCCUAUUCAAACAUUCCGAUGACAUCAUAUGAACUUCCUGAUGGACAGACCAUAGAAAUCGGUUCUGACAGGUUUAAAACUCCUGAUGUGCUGUUCAAUCCGUCCUUGGUAAAGACUAUACCUGGUAUGGAAGGUUCUGUAGAUAUUGCUGCUUCUGUUCGUGGCUUGCCACAAAUGGUUAUAGAAAGUAUAAAUAAAUGUGAUGUUGAUAUCCGAAGAGAGUUGUUCAGUAGUAUCUUGCUUGCUGGUGGCACAGCAGCAAUGCAACAACUGAAAGAGCGCCUUGAGAAAGACUUAGUGGAGGAAUCCCCUCAAGCUGCUAGAGUAAAAGUUUUAGCUAGUGGCAACGCAACUGAAAGAAAGUUCAGCGUGUGGAUAGGAGGGAGCAUCUUAGCAUCUCUUGGGUCCUUUCAGCAGAUGUGGUUUUCCAAAUCUGAGUACGAAGAGCAUGGCAGUUCUUACAUUCAAAGAAAAUGUCCUUAAGUCUUGUUUGAAUUUGGAUUAUUACUUGGUGUGGUAGUAGUAGAACGAUAAUCUAGAAGAGGGCUAACAACUUGUUCAUUGAAUUAAAUGUUUGAUGCAGUUGAAACUAUUUAUCUAGACAUGCAUCUCAAAUUCCUUAUGUUGUAUAACCAUAUUAUUAGUUCUAUGGAUGAACUUACUAUUAGCUUUGGAAUGAAAGUACUUUCUAAA